UCCUAGAAACAAAGAUUGAGCCGGGCUGGGCGGCGCGGUGCAUUGUGGGGGGAGCCGGAACAGCAGAGCACGUUGGUGAAGAGGAAAGCAUGGCGGUCUCUGGGAAGAGAAAACUUUCUCAGCUAAACUUGGAUGAAUUCCUGACCACGGGUCUGGAUUCUGAAGGUGACUCUACAGAGGAAACCAAUACCGAAAUAUUAGAGGAGGAAGUCAAAUCCAAAAAAGUGAAGGUGAAAAAGAAGAAAGUACCAACAACUGAAUCUAAAGAAAAGAAUGUGAAGAAAAAAGGCAAAGCUUCGGAGCACAAAGAUCAGCUGUCUCGUCUUAAAAAUAAGGAUCCUGAGUUUUACAAGUUUUUAAAGAACAAUGACCAAACUCUCCUCAACUUCAAUGACUCCGAUAGUUCAGAUGAAGAAAGUGGUGCUCACCAGCUGCCAGAUCACCUAGAGGAAAAGAGCGAUGAUGAAGAUGCUGAAGAUGCAAGCGAUACAGAAGAAAAGCCUAAGAAAAGGAAAAAACUAGAGCAAAUUCUUGUUACCUUGAAAAUGGUGUUCAAAUGGAAGUCAGAAGCUAAGAUUGACCUAAGGCCACGCCUCUUUCAUGAAAUUGCUCAAGCUUUCAAAGCUGCAGUGGCAACAACCCUAGGAGACGAGGGUGACGAUCCCAGCAGAUUUAAAAUAACGGACACUGAAGUCUUCAAUGCGCUGGUGACAUUCUGUAUCAGAGACCUCUUUGUUCACCUAGAGAAGAAACUUGAUAUGAAGCCUUCUAAAGGAACAAAGUUAUCGAAUCCAUCAAGCUGUGCUCUUUGGAAGAAGCUGCGUUUGGAUAUUAAGAUGUAUUUAAACUCUGUCAUCCAGCUCCUGACUUGUCUGACAGAAGCCACAGUUGGUGCAGCUCUUCUUCAGCAUGUGAUCAACACUGUGAAUUUUUACCUGUGCUUCCCGAAACACACCCGUCAGCUCUUAAAGCAAGCCAUUGUUCUUUGGAGUACAGGAGAAGAAACCGUCAGAGUUUUAGCAUUCUUGGUACUAAAUAAGGUCUGCAGACACAGGCAAGACACGUAUCUCAACCCAGUGCUGAAGAAAAUGUACAUCUCCUAUGUGAAGAACUGUAAAUUUACAUCUCCCAAUGCCCUGCCCAUGAUCAACUUUAUGCAGCGUACUUUAACCGAGAUGUAUGCGCUGGACGUCCAGGCCUCCUAUCAGCACAUAUUUGUAUACGUCAGACAGCUGGCAAUUCAUCUGCGCGGUGCCAUGACCCUAAAGAAGAAGGGGGCUCAUCAGUCAGUGUAUAAUUGGCAGUAUAUUCACUGCUUGUAUCUCUGGUGUCGAGUGUUGAGCACAAUUCACCCCAGCGAGGUUCUGCAGCCUCUCAUCUAUCCUCUUGUUCAAGUUAUUACUGGCUGUAUCAGACUUGUUCCAACUAUACGUUAUUUUCCUCUGAGGAUGCAUUGCAUACGAGCAUUGACUCUGCUUUCGGACAGUACUGGAGUUUUCAUACCGGUGUUGCCUUUUAUUCUGGAGAUUUUUCAGCAAAUGAACUUUAACAAGAGGCCAGGAAGAAUCAGUGUAAAACCGAUCAACUUUGCAGUCAUCCUGAAAUUGUCCAACACCAACUUACAGGAAAAAGUGUUUAGGGAUGGGCUAAUUGACCAAAUGUAUGAUUUGACAAUGGAAUAUUUACAUACCCAGGCUUAUUGCAUCGGGUUCCCUGAGCUGGCUCUGCCCUGUAUAAUCCAGCUGAAAUCUUUCCUAAAGGAAUGUAAAGUAUCCAAUUAUUCCAAGCCAGUGCGCCAACUGCUGGAGAAGAUCCAAGAGAAUUCGUCCUACAUAACUAGCAAAAGACAGAAGUCUGCCUUUGGGGUGUCUGAUAGGGAAGCUGUGGUCAAAUGGGAAAAACAAACUAAAGAAGAGGGGACACCGAUGACCAAAUAUUAUACCAACUGGAAGAAACUGCGGGAGAAAGAGAUUCAACUAGAGAUUUCUGGGAAGGAGAGGAUGGAAGAUUUAAAUCUCCCUGAAAUAAAGAGGAAGAAGUUGGAAAAGAAGGAGGAAGAUAAAAAAGAAUUCAAGGACCUAUUUGACUCUGACAGUGAUUCAGAGGAUGGCGAUGCUGGCUUGUCACUGAAAAAAGGAAAGUCCAAAUCCAAGAAUGAGGGAGACUCUUCUGAUAAUUCUGAGAUGAGCAGUGAUGAAGAAGGGGAGUAUGAGGUGGAGGAUGAUGAAAGCAGUGACUUAGAAGGGGAAUCGCAGGAUGAAGACGAGGAGGAGGGGGGAGAAGCCGGAGCCCACAAGAAUAAGAACCAGAAGAAAAAUAAGGGGGUGCAGCGCCUCUCUCAGGCCGAUCUCAAGGAACUAGCCAAGGGGGAAAAAGAUAUUGUGCAGGAUCUGGAAUUCUCAGACGAUGAGUAAACACGGCAGCCCCAGUACCGGUAACCCUUUCUGUACUGGCUGCCGUCACUGGCUAAGCCCCUUGCAAGAACCAAAUGUACUGUGAAUCAAGUGCCUCUGACAGAUGUAUUGGUUCCAAACCCUGUCCUCAUUGUGGGGAAAAAAUUACGACAGCACCAGUGUUAAAAUUCAAUUGUAUACUAAAGAUUUAAAUAGCCAUUACAUUAUCGGGCAUCCUUUUAGCACCUCCACCCCAGUGUCAAGCAAUCAGACAAUGUGCAAUAUUGCAGAUCGAAUGCACAGGGAUGAAUACAUCAGCUCCUGAGGAAAGUGCAGAAUUACUCGUCCAUUUGGCUACUGUGCCUAGGGGCCAGCCUGAGGAAUCCCCCUCCUGCAGAAGCUCCAGCCAUGCAUGAACAACUUUGUACGCACCCCGCCAUUUCCAAACAUCAAGCUGCCAUGUAAAUGGAAUUCUAAUUGCUGCUAAUAUUCCAAGCCCAAGGAUGAACACACGGAGCGUCUCUUAAAGUGAUUUCCAAUUGAUUGUUUUUAUUUAUCUCUAAUUAGACUCUCAUCUCCCUCUGUACGAUUUGGUCUGUUGGAAAAACGGCUGUAACAUUCUGUACAGGACAUGUUGUUUAUAUAAAAAUGAUAAUACAUAAGAACACCA